AUGCGUAAACCGGUGCAGUUUCUGGCUCCCAAGGACGUCAAGGAUGACAAUGCAGAGGUUCGCACAGUGACAUUCACAAACGAUGCGACGAGUACUGAUGCAGUCCCUCAGGUCUGGCAUAUCCCACAGACUGGCGAGGUGUUUGCCCAGUAUGAGGAUUACCUCACUAGAAUGGAUUUCUACAAACAGCGGCGCUUCAUCUGCCAGAUCACAGGGCACUCGGGCCUGACGUUUUUCGAAGCACUCAAGAGCGAACUUGCCGGUGCCGAGGAGGUGGAGCAAGCCUUUCCCGAAGCCCUCAAGGGCCCCGUCCUGCGUCGUGUCCAGUUCCAAACGGUUUCACGAAUCGAUGCGCUUGUCGACUUGGUGUAUGAGGAGUUUAGGGCGGAUUACUACCCCGGCGAGGCCGUGACCGUCAGCACGGCGGAGAGCGAAAGAUUGCAGGGAGUCGUGCGAGAGAAGACCCGGUUCGGCGGCAAGGUCCUGCCAGACGGCACCCAAACCGCCCCGUACACCCGUUAUACGGUCAGCUUGGAGGAUCGCCCGGGAGUCGAGGCCGUGGUCGACGACGACCACAUCUUCCGCGAUCGCAAGAUCUUUACAAAGUCGGUUCUGCGCUCGUUCAUCAAGAAGACGGUGACGCGCGAGGCAUGGAACGGGGCCCCCUGGCUCGUGAAGCACGAUGUAGCGGCGCAGUACCACAUUGACUCCCGGGUCCCGCCUCACCUGCGCUACGAUACCAAGCUGAUGGAGAGGAAGCAGCUGCAGGCCCAGAAGCGAGCCAGCCAGACUCCGACGCAGGACGGCACCGGCACCAACGGCGUCAACGGCGCCAUGCAGAACGGCCCUGCGCGGCUGCCCGAGCUGAAGCCCGCACCCAAGAGUCAAAAGGGCAAGCAUCAAUCGCCAGACUUCCCGCAAGGCCAGAAUGGCUCUCCCAACAUGAUGGGAGGUUCCGAGGCUGGCAUAUUCCACGCCCCGCCGCACAAGAACCCCUUCCAGCUGCCGCUCAACUUUCGGAAUCAACCGCUGCCGCAUUCAAUGACGGCGCCCGAACCCCCGCCGCCGCCGCCACCACCAAAGUACCCCAUUGAGGAUCUCCAGGUGCCUCUGAGGGAGGGUGUCGUCAGGCCCGCCUUGACCUUCCUCUGCAACGACCCUCCGACGGCGUCCGACGUCGCUGUGAAUGGCAACGCCAGUAUACGCGACAAGCUGUCGAUGAAGUGUAUUGGUUCAUUUUUGGAGACGUGGGAUACCCUCAACGUGUACUGCGAGAUUUUCAAGCUCGACUCCUUUACGUUUGACGACUUUGUGGAAGCCAUGUCUGUCGCAUCGGAGGAGACAAAGGUCCAGCUGUUUGAGGAAAUCCACUGUGCAGUCCUGAAGCAGAUUGUCAGCGCCGAGGCAGACGGCGGCAAGGUAAACGUUCAGCUGCCCGAGCUGGAGGACGAAGAGGAGGAUUCUGAGGAAGAAGAGGAUGAGGAGGAGACCAAGGAGCCAACCCCGGAAACCGAUCGACCGCCUGCGCGAGCCACACGAAGCAGUCUCGCCAAGGCCGAGGCGGAGAGACUACUCGCAGAGGCGAGGGCUGCUGAAAAGGAAAGCCAGAAUGUGGAGCCCGAGAUCAAGCACCGCGCCGAGGAUUUGCUCGAGGAGUACGAUUGGAUCGAGGAGCUCAGGAAACGCAAUUUCCAAAACGGUGGCUGGGAGAGGAUCGUCGUCGGUCUGCUCCACCAGCUCUCAAAGAACGAGAGGAUGGAAGAGGCAUGCGAAGAUUUGCUCGCCCAGCUUUGUCCGCCUGACGAAGACCCCACGCAGGAGACGGUGCGGGAGCACUACGCCAGCCUCGACGUCAACUACCGUGUGCAGGCGCUACAAAUCAUCUGCCUGCUCACGACGCAGACCAAGGCUAUGCGCACGUACAUGGAAGAAUGCAGCGAGCAAAUGACGGCGUUCCGCAAAGAGAAGAUUGACUGGCAGCGGCAAAGGAAGCAGGCCAUUGAGGAACUGCGUGCGCUCAACGACCAGCGUAAGAUUAUGCUCCCUGACAACAUGCCGCCAUCGCCGCCUCCUGAGCAAAAGGCAGACGAGGACGUCAAGAUGACUGACGCGGACGAGUCAGCAGCCGACGCCGAAGACGAGGUGGCCGACUCUGACGACGAGGGAGCCCCUCGCAGGAACUUUCGACGCGCCAACGACCGUGCCGCAGAAAGGCAACGCAAGCGCAAGGCGGAGCAGGAGCGGAAAGAAAAGGCUGCUGAAGCCGCCAAGGUGCCCAAACAGUCGAAGCAGUUCUUAAAGGUCCUCAAGGACAUCCAGAAGAAGGAAGAGUUUAUCAAAAAGUGCGAAGACGAGAUCGCCGUCAUCGACAACGACCUCCGCGAAGCCGACUGUGGCCGGACCCGGGUCUUGGGUAAGGACCGAUUCUGGAACCGGUACUAUUGGUUUGAGCGCAACGGCAUGCCGUACGGAGGGCUCCCAGACAGCUCGACCGCUGCCGCCGAGUACGCCAACGGUUGCAUAUGGGUGCAAGGGCCCGACGAUCUGGAGCGCGAGGGCUACAUUGACACCGACCCCGAGUACCAGGCCGAGUACCAGAAAAAGUUCGACAUGACGGUGCCCGAGCGGAAGAAGCUGGAAGAGGGCCCCACCAGCGUGUUCAACGCCCACCAAUGGGGCUACUACAGCGAGCCGGAGCAGGUCGACGAGCUCCUCAAGUGGCUGGAUCCCCGCGGGUUCAACGAAUUCCGGUUGAGGAAAGAGAUUGUGGCUUUCCGCGACAAGAUUGUUCAGCACAUGGAGAACCGCAAGACAUAUCUCGCCAUCGCGGGGCCUGAGGAGCAGGAGGAGGAGGAGGACAAGGAGGAGAAGAAGGGGGGCAAGAGGCGGGACUCGAAGCGCAUGAGCACGCGAGGUCGCCAGCACGAGCCGACGCCCGAACCCACAAACUACCGCUGCUUCGCGUGGGAAAACACCACGGCGAUGGAGGAGCUCGGCCAUCUCCACUCGGAGCCGCCGCCGCCCCCGAGACCCAAGAAACAGGCGGCCAAGAAGCGACAGGCCGUCGAGCCGUCACCCGAACCUGCGCCUGCGCCCAAGACGAGACGGCGCAAGUAG